ACGGUGGUGGUGACACCAGACAUCCAGCCAGCUGUAGGCGGGACUUCCUCCCCUCAACCAGACAUCUCAUUCUGCCCAAGAGACUCCUCUUCAACUCCAAACUCCACCCACAAAAUCAGCCCCGUCAGUGAGGACCCCCACACGUCUGCACGACCAGCACCGAGCAGCAGGGAAGAGGAGUCCGUCGCUGUGACGACAAAAGCUGACAAUGAGGAAGAGGAUUCAGGGAAGCGGUCUCCGAUAGCUGCGUGGGGGGUGACCAACAGCCACCCCCCCCGCAGCUACUCCCGCUCCCUGAGCCACAUCAGUGAGAGCAGCGCCGACGGCAUCGUGCUGACGGACAGGGUGGUCCAGUCCGGAGGGGGGGUGUCUCCCACCUCCGGGAUCUCCAUCACUGACAUAGAGAUGGAGGUGCAGAGCAGAACCCCCCCCACAGAUGAGAACACAACGGCUGACAAUGCCACAGACCAACAGGACACACACUCCUCUGAACCAGUGGACUCAGAAACACGCACACAGCCAGACAUACGCCCAGAGAGCGGGGACGUGACGUACGUGGCGCGGUGGGUGUCGGUGGAGGAGGAGACCCUGGGGGCAGAGUCUCCAUCCGGGGGGAGCGGGGGUCCGGUGGACAGCGGGCUGGAGGACGCCCUGACAGCCGUGGUCUCCUCCCUGGAUGAUUACAGAGGACAGUUUCCCGAGCUGCAGCUGCUGGAGCAGGAGCUGAAGCUGCUGCAGGUCACACUCAAGGUGGGGCGGAGCUUAGAGAUGCUUCCACAGGGGGAGGGUAGCUAAAAACUUCACUUUAAUUGCAAAAACAAAUGCUCCUGACUCUGAAGAGACCAUUAUAAUAUUUAUCAUAAAAGUAAGAUCAAUUAAGGCUCAAAGAAACAUUCAAAAUGAGUAGGUUGGUUAGAAAAGUUUUAACUAUAGCCUGAUUAAUAUAAUCAACAGGUUUUCGCUUAUCUCAGAUAUUACGCUGAUGCUUUUAUUCAAAGUGGCU